UAGCCGGCGAUUGGCCGCGGCUCUUCCACUUUGAUGUGCGCUGCCUGUCACGCGCCUCGACCCUUCCUGGUGGUAGCGGGAGACGCGGGAGCAGCUGGGCGCAGGUUCGGGCCAGGGCGAUGAAUCUGCCGUGGGAGAGGUUGCUCUAGUCCCCGAGAGUGCCGAAGUGGGGUGGACUUCCCAAUGAAGACAGAAACUGCUUCUCUGGUCCACCUUGAGCAACAGUUUCCUAUGCCAUGAGUAAUACCACCAUGCCCACUUCUGCUGAGCCUGCUCAUGACUCCUUGGUGGCCUACAUUCUGGUGCCAUUUUUCCUUAUCACCAUUGUUGGAGUCAUCAUGGCUGUGAUGAUGUAUAUUCAGAAGAAAAGAAGGUAUGACCGGCUGCGGCACCACUUAUUACCGAUGUAUAGCUACGAUCCUGCGGAGGAGCUGCACGAGGCUGAGCAGGAGCUCCUGGUGGAGCCAGAGGAUGCAAAGGUGAUGCGAGGGUGGGGAGGAUACCAGCCGUACCGUGGUUCCUUUCUGGAUGUGAAAGCUUGAUGCUGCUCAGCUCAGACAGACAACAGGGUGUGGAGGGGUGACUUCACCUGCCUGGCAUGUGUGCCAACUUGAAACACUCCCAAAUGCCAUUCCCUUUGAACCUGAUGCCUUUCUUUCCCAUUCAGUACUAUGCCCUCCUGGAUUCUUCCUUUCCACUUUAAAACUGUGUUCUUCCAAUUUAACUGUCCAUGAAAGAAGGUGAGUGGUGCGUGUUCUGGUGCACAGUUGGAGUUUGUAUUUGGAUCUGUGAAUGCUUUUCCUUGGCAUGACUGAUAACAUCUCUCAUACUACUUCUAGUUUGCAUUUGAUAUAUUGGGGAGAUAUUGGAGCUUCUGACAUAACAGGUAAAAUGCAAUGACAUGGCUCUUGUACGACGAACUUACAGUUCUCACAAGGUUCAGCUUUAUAAAACUCUGAACUGAUCUCAGCUUCCUUUUGUGAAUAAUCAGCGUUUAAGCUGCAGCUGCCAUGGCAUUUCACUGCAUUUGCUAGCAGUCUCCGAUCCUAUGCACCUAUGCGGAUAAUGAGUGCAUUGCUUAGCUGUUGGGUACUUAUGACAUUCCCUUUGAUGGAUGCAGGGCAAAGGCAACGGAAGUGAAGCUGCGCAACAAAAUAUGUGGACAGUGUGGGGAAGAAGAGGGGGCACUGCAAUGUACUGUCUUUCACUUUACAUCUUGAAAUGUAUGUAAUGAACAAAUACUGAUCAGUACAGGAAUUGGAGUUUGCACUGCGAUAAACAGGUUCACUGGGAGGGUCAACAGGGGAUGUUUAGCAUGUCAGUCAGAAGGAGCCUUAAUGUAUUUUUGAGGAAUUGUUUCCUUUAGUGAAAUUUUUGAGUUCUGCAAGGUGGUUCUUUCUAUAAUGAUGACUUUUAUAUUUGGAAGCUCAUCUAUAUUUUGUAAAUAAAAUUAAUUCUGAACAAGAA